GCCAUUUAUCAUCAUGAACAUGUUGGUGGUUGCUCUUUUGCUAUGGUGCGAUGUAAUUUGUGCAAAAUCUCCUACUGGUACUUUCGCACCAGGGUUGGUGACAUGCCCUAAUACUACUUCAUUAAUAAGAGAAGGGGACUCGCUUUCAAACAGUGAGAAGUCAUGGAUUGACCAAAGAAAACAAAAGACUAGAGGUGCCUUACAAGAGUAUUUGCUGAAGGUGGGACUUGAUGAUAGCUUAGACCUUUUUGAAAACUCAUCGGCCGAUGUUAAUAUAGCUGUUUCCAUGAGUGGUGGGGGUUACCGUGCCAUGCUUGCUGGGGCUGGCCAAUUGGCUGCAUUAGAUAACCGUACGGAAGAUGCAAAUGAGUACGGCUUGGGAGGAGUGUUACAAAGUGCUAAUUAUCUCAGUUCGCUUUCUGGAGGAUCUUGGUUGGUUGGGUCUUUGGUGAUGCAGGAUUUCCCCACAGUAGAAGAGGUGGUGUUGGAAGAUCCUUACGAUGUUUGGAAUUUGACGGACACACGGCAGCUUCUUGAAACUCUGGGGCUUUGGACCAUUGCAUUUUCGGUGCUUUUCGAUAGUUUCACCGGAUUUGUCAAGCAUUUGAAUAACUAUGUGGUGAGUGCGUCUCACAAGGUAGGAAUCAAAUAUGACAUGCAAAGGAAGAAAGAUGCUGGCUUCCCCAUCACCAUAACCGAACCAUGGGCCAGAGGAUUGUCUUAUCAGCUUCUUCAGGAAGGUGAAGAUGAUUAUGGCACCUCCACCACUUUCUCUGAUCUCAGAGGUAUGAAGACUUUCCAGAAUUAUGAUAUGCCAUUCCCCUUGUUCACGGCUAUCGGAAGAAAGCCAAACACCAUCACAUACCACUUGAAUUCAACUGUGUUUGAGUUCAAUCCGUUUGAGAUGGGGUCAUUUGAUCCUUCUGUCAACAGUUUUAUUGAUAUCAAGUACUUGGGAACAAACGUCACCAACGGUGAACCAACCAACGGUUCAUGUGUGGCGGGAUUUGAUAAUGCCGGUUACGUGAUGGGGACCUCAUCAUCGCUUUUCAACUCAUUUUUGAGUUCACUUACUUGUCCUACUUGCAACUCAUUGAAUGUCGUGCUCAAGUACUUUGUCAACCGGUUUUUGGACUAUUUAUCCGAUAAUCAACUUGAUAUUGCCCAGUAUAGUCCCAACCCCUUCAAGGGCUCGCAGUAUGCUGGCUCUGAUCUGAUCACCAAUAAUGAUACCCUAUACUUGAUGGAUGGGGGCUUGGCUAACGAAACAUUGGCCAUUUCAUCAUUAUUGACCACCCACCGGAAAAUCGAUGCAGUCGUGGCCAUGGACAACGGAGACAACUGGCCCAAUGGACGGCCAUUAAUCGCGGCAUACGAACGUCAAUUUGAGAGUCAAGGGAAGUCUUUGGUGGUUCCAUAUGUACCUAAUGAGGAAACUUUUCUCCACAAUAAUUUGACUGCAAAACCAACUUUUUUUGGCUGCGACGCUAGUAACUUGACAGAUUUGAUCAAAGAUGACGUGGUUCCUCCGCUUGUCAUUUAUAUUGCCAACAGGCCAUACAGUUUCUUCUCCAAUACAUCAUUAUUCAAGCUCUCAUAUACUGAUGACGAGAAAAAAGGUAUGGUUAGAAAUGGAUUCGAGACCGCUGCCAGACUCAACGGUACAAUCGACGAAAAUUGGCCCAAGUGUGUCGGAUGUGCCCUUAUCAAAAGAGAACAAGAAAGGCAAGGAAUAGAACCAUCGGAUGAGUGUGAGGAAUGUUUUCAGGAGUAUUGUUGGGAUGGUAAAAGAUAUGAGCCUGAAGGAGUUUAUUAUCCACCAGUCAACUUCACAGACUCCGGAUUGACCAACGACUCGUUUGCUUUAGUAGGAGCUGGGGAGGGUCAGACGUACACGUCCGAUACAGAAGUGUUUGGGUUGUAGGGAAAGAUGCAAAUAGUAUAUAUAAAAUGGAUUUGUACAAUAAAAGUAAGUCACGGUCGUA